AUGUCUAACGGAUUAACGGAGAGUAGCUGGUCAAUGGAAAAUCUUCAAGUUACCGAUGAGAUCAUUAACUCGUUGGCAAAAAUCCUACAGGUAUACUCUGACUACUUAUCUAGCCACAUCCAUGUUUUGAACAAAUUUAUAAGUCAUAUGCGUAGGGUAUCAACCCUAAGGUUUGAACGUACUACGUUAAUUAAAUACGUUAAAAAAUUGAGAUUUUUCAACGACGUCCUUAUUGAAUAUGAUUUAACUAAAUCAGGUGCGUACAAUGACAAUAUAGGUGGAUUAUCAGAAGGGAUUAAGCCAAUUGGGAUGUAUUUAGAAAAGAUUUUAGAGAUAUUAGACCUUUUAAAUUUCUAUUUAACUCAAUCGCUGCAGAAAGAAAUCAUCUCCAAGACUUUGAAUGAGGAUCUAACACUAACCGAGUCCAGCAUCGUUGCCAUCAAUGACACUUAUAAUCAUUUUGUAAAAUAUACCCAAUGGAUGAUAGACUCAUUAGGAAUCAAAAGUGAUCUCUUACAAUUAGAAGUCAUCAAAUUUGCAUUGAAGUGUGCCGAAGAAGAUGGUACAGACAUGGAGGAGACUGAGAACAUUUUCUUACAUCAAGUUAUGCCCGUUAAUAAUGAAGGUGAAUAUGCGUUACUAACGGAUCAAUGGUCAUCUGUUUUAGAAGGAAAAUUAGACAUCUUGAAGAAUGAAUAUGCGUCGCUGGCAGAUAAAUGGCAUGAAAAGUUUGGUAAAGCCAAGAACUAA